UGCGAUGGCUCUGAACAUCCCAGCUCUGCUGUCGAUUCUUCUCUUCUAUGCCCUGACCCUGGGGAUUGGAGUAUGGGCUUCAAGAAAAUCUAAGAAGUUGCAGAAAAAUGGGAAUCGUAUGGAAGUUGCCAUUGUCGGAGGAAGGAAGGUCAAUAUGGUCGUUGGGUUAUUUACUACUACAGCUACUUGGGUUGGUGGCGCCUAUAUCAAUGGCUCUGCAGAGGUUGUCUACCUUCCUGGACGAGGGUUGGCAUGGCUUCAGGCUCCUGUGGGAUUUGCCAUGGGAUUAAUAAUAGGUGCCAUCUUCUUUGUAACCCCGAUGAGAUCAAAGAAGUACUUGACCAUGAUGGACCCUCUUCAGGAAGCCUAUGGGAACUCCAUGACGUGUCUCCUCUUCAUUCCAGCCCUCAUUGCAGAUGUUUGCUGGUUUGCUGCCAUCCUGGCAUCUCUAGUUAAGUCCUCUGCAGUCAGUGUCAUAAUGGAUAUUCACAAUUACCUGUCAAUCCUGAUAUCAGCUUGUAUUGUCAUCACAUACACAUUGUUCGGAGGCCUGUACUCUGUGGCCUACACGGAUGUCAUACAGCUUGUCUUUAUGGUCCUUGGAUUGUGGAUUUGUAUACCAUUUGCACUUCUGAACUCUGCUUCUGUAAAUAUUGCUGACACAGCUGUUCAAGAAGUAUUUCAGGAGCCCUGGCUGGGAAAAAUCGAUAUACAAUAUAUAGGAAUAUGGAUAGAUGAUGUUUUGUAUCUGGGUCUCGGCAGUAUUGCAUGGCAGAUAUAUUUCCAGAGAGUCUUAUCUGCUUCUACUACAACUCAAGCAAAGGUAACAUCUGCUCUUGGUGCGGUGGGAUGUGUGGUGUUGGCAAUCCCGUCUGUGCUAGUUGGAGCUGUAGCGGCCUCUACAGACUGGAACCAGACAAGCUAUGGGUUGCCAACCCCAUAUGAUAGAGGAGAAGCGAGUAUGAUCCUACCCAUCGUCCUGCAACACCUAUGUCCUCUGUACGUGUCUGUCGCUGGUUUGGGAGCAGUGGCAGCAGCUGUCAUGUCUUCGGCAGACUCUGCUCUGUUGUCAUCCAGCUCCAUGUUUGGAUAUAAUAUCUAUAAAAAGAUUCUCCGUAAAAUGGCUUCGGAGAAGGAGGUGAUGGUGGCUAUGAGGGUUUCCACCAUAGUGCUGGGAAGCACAGCUGCUGGGAUGGCUUUCCUGUCUAACUCCAUCUAUGACCUGUGGUUCAUGUGUGGGGAGAUGGUCUAUGCUGUAGUUUUCCCACAACUCUGCUGUGUACUGUUUGUCCCAAGAAUGAACACUUAUGGUUCGGCAGCUGGAUUUCUGGUGGGCCUCAUAUUGAGAAUACUGGGAGGUGUUCACUCCAUAAACAUUCCACCCAUCAUCCACUAUCCCUGGUGCACACUUAUCAAUGGGGCCUACAUUCAACUUUUCCCAUUUAAGACCUUCACUAUGCUUGUAGCCUUAGGUACACAGAUACUUGUAUCUUAUGUCUCAGAAUUCUUGUUUAAGAAAUCUCUACUGCCAAAACAGUGGGAUGUCUGCAAUGUGAGAAAAGCAGAAGACGUGACCCGUUCGACAAGGGAAGAACUGGAGACUUUUCCUCUCCAGGACAGAAGCAACAAUGAGUGUAAAUAGGUGGAAAAAUGUUCUACUCUCAAUACAGAAAUACAAACAUCUCAAAUAUGAAAGUUACCUGAAUAUUUGGUUCUUAAUCCAGGACAGUGCUUCAGUUUUUGAUAUGGUUUAUCCCAUUGGAGUCAAUGGGAUU